AUGCCUAUGUACUUCGCCUCCUGCGACAGCCGCAGAGUGACCCCGUCCAAGGACGAGAGUCUGAACCCCGGUAUCUUAUAUCUACGCAAAAAGAGCACCAGCUCCGUCUUUUCUGGCUUCAAAAAAUGCUAUUUAAAGGACUUGGGAAACGAUGUGGUAUCCUUGCAUAUCCAUGUAGAACUUCACCAACUUCCAAUCAACAAUAUAACGACCAAUGGACAGCUAUUUCAUCAAGGUAACAUUUUUCGUCCCUAUAUGUACAACACCACUGUUAACUUGUGCGAAUUCUUUCAAUAUCCCAAACGUCAAAUGUUCUGGAAAAUUAUUUUUGACAAUUUCAUCAUGCCUUUUUCAAAUAUUAAUCACACCUGUCCAUACGAUCAUGACAUUAUCAUGGACAAUGCCACUUUGAAAGCUGAGGCGUUUCGUUUGAUUCCAUUUCCCAAUAACGAUUACAUGGUCCAACUGAAAUUUGCUGCCUAUAAUGUGUAUAGAGCAAGUGUUAAAAUUUAUUUCAAAAUAUUUUAA